AUGGCUACCUCACACGUCCUCGUGUGCCUGCCGGACGGAUCCAUCCGUCUCUUCGACGAGCCGCUCCUCAUAGCGCGCGACGUGCUUCGCGAUUUCCCGCACCACGACCUCUUUCUCUCGCCCACACCACUGGGCGACGAUCGCGGCCGCGUCUACGACUGCGAAAGCGUCUGCGACGACGACGACGCUCGUAGCACCGUCUCCUCCGCCGCUGGCGACGGCGGCACCAUCACGAAAUCCACAUCAGCUUCCGAAGCGCGGCGCUUCGACCCCGUGAACCCGCACCGCUGCUUAAAAUCCGGAUCCAUGUACUACCUCAUGCCGCGCCGCGAGUUCGCGUGGAAGUGCCAGCUCCAAGAGGCAGAGGCGGCGGAAGCGGCGGCGGCGAGGAUGACAACGAAGAAAGCCCAUCAGACGGGUCUGGACCAGGACAACAUAUCGAAGUUCGAGAAUAACAAAAACGAUCACGGUAAUAGUAACGGCUGCCGUCAUCUCGCGGCGCGGGAGACAUCGCCCGUGUCUCCCGCGCCGUCGCACACAUCGUCGAGCAACGUGUUGUCGUCAUUGUCCGGCGAAGCGUCCCCACCACCACCAGUGGUCAAGGCGACUCCCGUCAACACGGAAUCCCCGGACGGUCACACCCAUGCAACAACUAUUACCACUACAAUCAUCAGCAGCGCUGCUACUACCACAACUACCAGUGGUAGCUCAAGUACUAGCAGCAGCGGGUCUAACGACAUUCCUGAAUGUGCCACGUCUGACGGUGGAGACGGGCUGCACGAGGCUCAUCAUCAUCAUCCGGCGGCGGCGUUUCCGCACCAAAUGCCGCACUUUCUGGAGAGUUCUUCUGACGCAUUUGCGCGACAGGACGCGGUGGGAAUGAGUUUCGCGGCGCCUCAAGACGCGGCGCCUUUAUACCCGUCUCCGUGCCAAGUGUACUCCGGCGGCUUGACGUUCCCGGGCGACUCGUCGGACGGUGUUGCACGAGCGCCGGACGCGGCGGCGGCGGCGGCGGCGGCGGCGAUGACGGGAUUUGAGUACGAUGAGUCGCAGUUGAUGCUCAUGCUGUUGCUGCAGCAGCAGUCCAUGCUGCACCAGCAGCAGCAGCAGCUGCUCGAGGCGCGUCGGUGGGCGGAGGAAGCCGCCGCGGCGGCGCACGCUGCCGCGCCGUGGGCCCAGCCGCAGACCUUUCCCGAAAGCGCGGCAGGUGGCGCGAAGCACGGAUCGUGGGAGUCGCCGCGAUGUGGAGCAGGCAACCAGCGUCGUCGCUUCGGCGAGGAGCUAACGCCGCCGCUCAACGCGGGUGGAAAUAAGGAGGCGAAUCUACAAGAACUGCUGGGCAACACACUGCGCGAUCCAUCAUCAGAGAGCAAGCAGCUGCAGGUCAAGAUACAACAGCACGAGCAACUGCAGCACCACAGCAUGUACUACCUGCAGCACUUGCUCUCUGGACAGAACGCCUUGGGAGUAUCCCCACGCCCUGCCACAUGCACGGACAAGCACCACCACGCCCAAGAGCAGCAGAAGAAGAAUCACCUAUUCGCGCACAGCUCCUCGUCCAGCGCGAUUGGCAAGAAGCUGCUGCGGCUGAUGACGUUACCCGGAGUGCGUCCCUCCAAUCGCUCUACCCUUCCGGGGCAGUCGCGGGCGGAAAUGAGAGAUAGCCCGCAGAGGCGGUUCGGUGGUGGGGGCGCGCUGGCUGCUGUGGAAGCAGCAGCGGCGGCUGCAGCUGCAGCAGCCAAGGCUGGAGGGCGGGCGUCGUUGAAUGGGCAUGGGCGAGGAGGACAUGCACAUGCGCAUGGGAGUGGUAUGCGUGGGCAUGGGCAUGCGCAUUCGCAGCCGCGGCUAUUGGAGAUGACUCCAUCCACGACUCCUCCUCCUUCGGAUGAUGGCAUAACGUACAUGAUCUGA